AUGCCCUUUUUUAAUAAAUGUUUUCAAAAUGUCUUUGCAAAGGAUUCCGAACCCGCCAAACCCAAGGUUCGGUUUUUACUUCCAGGGGAGUCAUCAGGCUCACCAAUCUUAGAACCCAGCUCAGUCUAUAGGGACUCCAGGUAUCUAAGAAAAGCUGGAACUGAAACUUAUGGCGAGAUUUUUCAGAAUAAGCUGGAUUACACAGAGCCAUCAACCGGAAUACCAUUAAUUAGAAGGCGCGCUUUAGAAGCUGAGAAUGCAAAGCAACCACCAAAGAACAGCCCUCCGCAUUUCUCUCCACCAAAGUCGAUCUUUGUACGCAUUGCGGAGGAUCCACGUGUUUUUCCCGAUGAUUUUAUGGAUAUGCUGGAUGGCACAGAAGUAUCAGUUGCGUCAGAAUCAGUUGUUUUGCAAAAUGCAGAGUCAAGUUUGAUCUAUGAUAAACUUAGAGGUCCAGUAAAUAUUGGAAUUGAUUUUUCCUCCGAGAGUCGCCAGACAAGGAGGGAGGAUAUAAUUACGGAAUCUGACACAGUAACAAUCCUGAGGAGUGCUUCCCAAGUAGAGGAGGCAUCCAAUAACAGCUUCACCUCGCCCUAUGACAGUCCAAGCCAACUUCAAUUUCAUGUUGCUAAUGAAACCACAGAUGGAAACGCGGAUGUACCAUGUACAUCUGCCUUAUCAGAAUUUGAGUCUAGCUCGGUGUAUGAUGAUGAAAUCAUUCCGAGAGAGGCUCCAUAUCAUGUUGCUAUUAAAACCACAGAUGGAAACGCGGAUGUACCAUGUACAUCUGCCUUAUCAGAAUUUGAGUCUAGCUCGGUGUAUGAUGAUGAAAUCAUUCCGAGAGAGGCUCCAUAUCAUGUUGCUAUUAAAACCACAGAUGGAAACGCGGAUGUACCAUGUACAUCUGCCUUAUCAGAAUUUGAGUCUAGCUCGGUGUAUGAUGAUGAAAUCAUUCCGAGAGAGGCUCCAUAUCAUGUUGCUAUUAAAACCACAGAUGGAAACGCGGAUGUACCAUGUACAUCUGCCUUAUCAGAAUUUGAGUCUAGCUCGGUGUAUGAUGAUGAAAUCAUUCCGAGAGAGGCUCCAUAUCAUGUUGCUAUUAAAACCACAGAUGGAAACGCGGAUGUACCAUGUACAUCUGCCUUAUCAGAAUUUGAGUCUAGCUCGGUGUAUGAUGAUGAAAUCAUUCCGAGAGAGGCUCCAUAUCAUGUUGCUAUUAAAACCACAGAUGGAAACGCGGAUGUACCAUGUACAUCUGCCUUAUCAGAAUUUGAGUCUAGCUCGGUGUAUGAUGAUGAAAUCAUUCCGAGAGAGGCUCCAUAUCAUGUUGCUAUUAAAACCACAGAUGGAAACGCGGAUGUACCAUGUACAUCUGCCUUAUCAGAAUUUGAGUCUAGCUCGGUGUAUGAUGAUGAAAUCAUUCCGAGAGAGGCUCCAUAUCAUGUUGCUAUUAAAACCACAGAUGGAAACGCGGAUGUACCAUGUACAUCUGCCUUAUCAGAAUUUGAGUCUAGCUCGGUGUAUGAUGAUGAAAUCAUUCCGAGAGAGGCUCCAUAUCAUGUUGCUAUUAAAACCACAGAUGGAAACGCGGAUGUACCAUGUACAUCUGCCUUAUCAGAAUUUGAGUCUAGCUCGGUGUAUGAUGAUGAAAUCAUUCCGAGAGAGGCUCCAUAUCAUGUUGCUAUUAAAACCACAGAUGGAAACGCGGAUGUACCAUGUACAUCUGCCUUAUCAGAAUUUGAGUCUAGCUCGGUGUAUGAUGAUGAAAUCAUUCCGAGAGAGGCUCCAUAUCAUGUUGCUAUUAAAACCACAGAUGGAAACGCGGAUGUACCAUGUACAUCUGCCUUAUCAGAAUUUGAGUCUAGCUCGGUGUAUGAUGAUGAAAUCAUUCCGAGAGAGGCUCCAUAUCAUGUUGCUAUUGAAACCACAGAUGGAAACACGGAUGUACCGUAUACAUCUUUUAUACCAGAAUUAGAGUCUAGCUCGCCCUAUGACGUUCCAAGCGCAUUUCCAUUUCAUGUUGCUAUUGAAACCAUAGAUGGAAACGCGGAUAUACCGUAUACAUCUGUCUUACUGGUAUCAGCCCCCUUGUCAGAUGCUGUGAGCUCAGUUGAAAGAACCAAUUGGAAUAACCAAAACUCAGAGGACUGCGAUUUUGUUUCUGUGGAUAUUAGGAUUCCAGAGGAAAACGAUUCCUGUAUGAAUCAAUUAAAGGAACCUAAAAAGAGUAGGAUACCACUGUUCAAAUUGUUUGCACGGCUCAAGAAGAGCAGAAAGACUCUGUUUAAACCGUUUUCAUGGUUCAAGAAGAGCAAAACGACUCUGUUCAAACCGUUUGCAUGGCUAAAGAAACGGGCAGAAAAGAAGGAGUUAAUAGAAAAAGUUGUUUUGGCUGAAACUGCUGACUCACACAUUUAUUCUGAACUUGGCAGAUCCUGCGACAAAAUGGCGCCUUUGUCGUAUGAUCUUGUACGGGGGACGAAAAAUGUGGAGGAUGCAUAUGCACUAGGGGUAUCAACAAGGCACAGCGGGAUCAUAUAA